CGUCCGGAGCAGUUUUCGCGAUCAGCUCGAGCGUUUCCCCCGCGGCGUCUUCGCAGUCACGUUCGGCCGAUCGUCGGGUCAGGUGUUGACAGAGCCCGAAGCGACCACGUGCGUGCGAACGAAACGCGUCGGACGCGGGGAAGUACACGUUCGACUCGCGCGUAUGUGCGACCGAUAGGCCGUACUUUUACGUUCGCGCCUGUUCGAAGGAAGAAAUCGACCUUCGACGGAAGAAAGGAGGGAAAGUGUAAAAAAAAAAACGAGUCGCAGCGUUUCUGCGAGAAAUGCAAAAAGUGACAGUGUCGGGUGAACCACAAAGAGCCGAUCUGUGAAACCACGGACGUCGGAUUAUUUGCGACUUGACAUGGUGAAGAUGGACUAUCCGUCGUUACCCAAACUCAUACCCAUAAAGACGGCCAAUAUAUGUCCAGAUAUUGUACCAAAACCCGCUGUGUCUAAGUGGGUACAGCCAUGCGCUAUUAUGCGUCUUCUGCGUCAGCCUAACAUUGAUAUUAAGGCAGUCCCCGUACCGACGGUCGAAGAUCCUAGGGAAGUACUCAGAGACUAUAAGCGUGCGAAUAUCUUGAAAAGAAAUUUCGUCAGACUUAGCUCAAAACAAUCGGAAGCGGUUGUGGAUACAUCGGACGAAGAGGACGGCAAUCUGUUGCCCUCCAAGAGGAAGGACAAGUUGUCGGAAAUCAUCUUGAUCCCUGUUAAGCCAAAAUCAUGCAGAUGCGCUGGACCGUGCGAGACCAUCAUCUGUGAUGUGAUAGUGCAACAGCACGUGGAGGAAGGUAAAGUGUCGCUGAUGUUGGCGCUGAACAUCAACGAGGAGGAGAUAGACGCGCUGGUCGGCAAACACUGCGACGACGAGUAUUGCGACGCGCUGAGUAUCGACCACGACCGUUGUCGCAGGGGGUUGGUCAAGUUGUACAAGUGCGACGAGUCCGACAUAUGUGACAUUUGCAUGGUGCCUAUGACCAGCUGGAAGUCGCGGCUCUAUCAUAAGAAGUGCGAGAAGAAGGACGAGUACAGACACAACGAUGUGAGCAAAGAGCGUUUAUUAAAGGACAGGUUUCGCUUGCAGGAGCUGCGGAUACUGCACGAUUUGAGGGCGAGGAGGAAGAAUUAUCUGGACCCGGUGGACGGGGCCGUUCUGGCGAUGGAAGCCUUACGGAAUAACAAGGAGCUGGUGAUCCUGCCGAAACCGAGUCGGGAGCCGAUCGUCACGGUGACUACGGUACCUAACGGUCAGUUGGUUCCGCCCGUCAAUUCGCAAAUAAGUGGUCAGAAGAACGUCGUUAGCGGCGUGACGAUCACGAUCCCGCCUCCCAGCGAUGUCGCGCUGUUCUCCAAUCGCGCGUAUCUCAAGGGGACGCGUCCAGCGGCACAGGGUACCACGUACAUCGUGAACCCGGCUCACACUCAAGCGGUGGCGAUGCCACCGCAGAAUCAGUACGUUAAAUUCGUCAACCUGUCCGUGGUCAACGAUCAACCGGCCGCGUCAACGGCACCUGGCAAUUUGAUCGUGCCGCAGCCUCACGUCCCGACGAACUCGUUGGCUCAGAGCACUAAGACUGUGCUGGAGCCGAUACGCGUGAUACCCAUAACCAACCUGAAGACGGCGCCCUCCCUGCUGCACCGACAACAGGGCGUCCCCAAGUUCUGCGUCGUCGCGGGCAAUGUUAUCACUACGCUGACCGUGCCGAGUUUAUCGGCCCUUCAGCCCAUCAUAGCCGCCAACAUCACCGCUCAGGCGGAACAAAUUCCGAGGGCCGGUCGUUUGUUGGUGCCGAUAGUGGACGCUUCCAAGACACCACCGGCUCUCCUGCAGAAGCAGCGCAUCUUUCAGCAGAAGAGUGUGUUCGUAAAGAAGCCGAACAAGCGGUUCUUCUGCGUCUACUGCUGCAAGCACUUCAGCACCGACUGGUACUUCAAGAAGCACGUGGCCAAGCACGUGAGCCAGAAGCAUCCUCCCAAAGUUUCGUCGACGAGGGCGCCGACCGGCGACAGGCACGGCACGAAGAGGCAUCCGAGCAGUGAGGAACGCGAGCCCCAGGAGUCUCAGGGCAACGACUACGCCUGCGAGUCGCCCGCUUCGCUGAAGAGUCCCACGGACGGCGAGUCGAACGGGUCGUCGGGUCUGCGUAUUAAAGUAGAAUUCGAUGCCGAAUGUUCGAACGAGUAUUGCGCGGACGAAACGGAGUGUCGCGCGAUCGGCGGCCCCGAUGAAGUCGGGGCGAAGAGAAUCAAGUGCGAGGAUACGUUCGACGCUUACGGCGAUAAUGUCGAGAUAUUUCAGAACGGUAUCAAGAUAGAGAAGCAAGACGACUAUCAAGACGAUUACCACGACGAUUAUCUCGAAGAUGCUCCCGUGGGAGAGCACGAUGUCGAAGAGUCGUUGACGUACAGCGAGAACUGUGACGCGAAGGGCCACGGUAUUACGAUCGUUUCCGUAACGGGAAACACCAACCGUAAGAAUUUCGAGGAGGAAGGUAUUGUCGCUUUUAGAUGAAAACACGCAAUGUACCGCGUUUCCGAUACUUCCGAAUAUCGCUUGUCGAACGGAAUUUGGAAACACGUUAAGACAAGCCAAAAAAUUAUAGUUGCGAAUAUUAAUACAUUUAUGAAUUCGGGAAAUACGAGUAUUAUGUGGCUUCUUCGUGUUCUCAUAAAUGUAAUAAUAUUUAUUGUAUUCUUAGACGCUUUUGGGCAGUUAUAAUUUGAAAGUUACAGAUUAAAUUUCUUUCAAAACUCCGGAAUAGUCGCUGUGACUGUCCUCCUGUUUCACCGCCGCAACCAUUUCGAUUAAUAACGUCGAGAAAAGAUGCAAGAAAAUGCUUCAGAACUCUUGCAAAGUACAUUGAAAUAAAAAGAUAUGUUUGCAAAAUGACACUUGAAAUUGAUCUCUCUUUCUACCUCAAGCAGAUCUAUACAACAAUCCCAAACCUUUUCGUUUGCUCUGACAACCAAUAAAUAGUUGUAAAAUUCACACGAUACGCAAUCUUCCUUUUUAACCUUUCUUCAUGAUUCUAUUGUAUUAAUUUUAUGGUUGUUUAUUGAUCGUUAGAACGAAAACUUUUCAAGAUUACAGAUCUGCUUGAUCAAUUGCGGCAUUUUGUAAACGCAUCUUUUUAUUUCAAUAUAUAUUGCAAAAAUUUUCAACGUGCCUUUUCUCGCCUCGACGUCAUUAAUCAAAAUGGCCAUGGCAAGGAAACGGAAACCCCUUAGGUAGAUUUUAAAUUACACGAAUGACACCUCACAAAUAUAUGACUAAAAGAAGUCACUCAAGGAAAAUAGAAAAUUCCCUUUAUUUUUUUCAAAUGCUUUUUAAGCUACAUUUGUCGACUUGAACAUAGGUCCGCAUUCUGAAUUCUCUAUUAUCGAUAAAAAUGCCUUAAACGUGGCUUCUCAGCCAAUCAGCUAGUUCCUAAGCUACUUUAAAGGCUCUUUUAUCGAUAAAAGAGAGCUCAGAAUACGGACCAUAGUCAUUAUUUUAAUUACGUUGUAAAUUGUAGUUUAUUUUUAUAUUCGUGCUAGUGUAGUAGUGUCUCUUAUAUAUACAUUCCUGUAUUAAAAAUAUAUAAUAUGAGGAAUUUAAUAUAUUUUAUGUAAUUUCACAGAUAUCGCAAUCAAAAUAAAAGACAGCAAAAUAUUACUUUUUAUAAAAUGUGAUUAAUACAGUGAAUGUAGUUUAUAAUUAUAUAAAGAAUGAGAGAGAUCAUAAUUGCCUAUUUUCAAAAUAGAUGGUAAUGGUAUUUUAUAGAUAAAACAAUUGUUGAACCACGCAUGCAAUACUCGUCGUUUCAAAAGAUAAAAUUUUGAGAUUUCCCAAAAUUUUUCUAAAACAACAAAAUUGGUUUUACACUUUCGAUUUUGCUAUAAAUAAUGUUAAUAGCAUAAAUUGAUCUAUUUUCUAACAAUACUUUUAUGGAAAAUACGGCGUUCGGGGAACAUUUCAAAACGUUUGUGAUAUCAACACAUCCCACUAGCCUAUUCUUUUUUUUGCAAUAAUGUAAUAACUUAUUGAAUUAAUUUCGGAUGAUCGAAGCAUGAGACAUUGUUCAUAAACGUCGAUACGGAUUAAAAAGUUAUUUUCAGUUAAAAAUUAUAACUUCUCCUAAAAGUACGACAUUAUUUACAACCACACAAUGUUAUAUUCGCCCUUUCGGAAGAGAGGCCGUAUUAUAGUACAUUGAUAAUGUGACUCAAGACAAAUUUUAUUUUUCUUCAUAUAUUGUGAUAUAGAUGUAAACACAAGAUGUGUAUAUUUGUUUGUAUUAUCUUAUUACUGCUUUCACCGAUGCUGAGUAUCAGCCGUUUCUUAGAGACAAUUAUACUUAGAAAAGAUCUUUACCAUUGGAAUAGGCGAAUAAUAAGCAUUAUCGUUUAAGGGUUAAAAAUCGCCGGACAUUUCACAUUCAGCGAGUUUAUUAGCGUCUACCGAACAUUUUUGUUUCACAGCACGCAAACGGUACAAACGAUGCGAAACUGUGAGAUAUUGUUAACGGCGCAUGCAAUAUCUUACAUUGCCACAUUUUGUGAAAAACAAUAUGAAGUGUCCCGUCCUACUACUAGAAUACAAACGUAUGUACAAUGUUGUGUUAAUGUGCGUUUGUUUAAUGGUGUAAAUAAUGUUCCUGAAUGCGACCAAUUUAUAGAUAUCGCGUGCCUUGUAAAGACGGAUCCAAACCGAGCGAGCGAGCACGAAGGAACAUCUGCGAACGAGCUGGGAAAACGAGUAUGGACCAACACGUUUUCCUUGAUGUACAAGAUCGAACGCUGAUGUUUAUUCUUCAUGUGCUUGUACUUCGCGACUCCUUUUCCGGGUUCAUUUGCAGAUGUUCUCCUUCGUACUCGUUCCCUUGGUCUGGAUCCAUCUGGAUCUUAAAAUUCUCCAUGUAUUUUUGCUGAUACAAUUAUAAUUUAUUUUUUAUAGAUUUAUUGAAGCAAUAUCUGUGCGUAGAAAUAAAAUCUGUUGGAAUA